CAACAAUGAUCUACAGAGUACCUUAAGGUAGGCUCGAGUGUCAAUAGGUAAUGUGAAGUGUUAUUUCAACCAGAGUGCCUUCAAUCAUAACACCAGGUGCUACCUGUAUAUUCGAAACGUCCCACGAGGCAAACGAACGUACAACACCGACAUCAAGAUGAUAGACUCGAUCCACGCCCCCGUCACGAGCAUCCUCAUCAAGUAGAUCUCCCCGAUACACGAGUUCCAUUAAGCCACCCACCAUGGGUCAGGGGUUCUCCCUCGCGACUCACUACACUGGGGCGGCGAGCAUCGAUGUGCCGGAGCUGUCCGACCUGGUGUACGAGCAAGGUGUCGGCAAUGCACGCUUCAUGAAGAGUGUCCGCGCGAGGCAUCACGAUGGCGUCGUCUUGGUCAAGGUCCUCGUAAAGCCAUAUACUCCGCUGUCGUUGGACUCGUACAAGAAGAAGAUAUUAGAGCAGCGAAACGCCCUCGCCGAAGUGCCGAAUGCGCUCCCGUUCCAGCGCAUUAUUGAGACCGACACAAACGGCUAUCUUGUCCGACAGUUCCUCUACAACUCCUUAUAUGACCGUAUGAGUACCCGCCCGUUCCUGGAAGACAUCGAGAAGAAAUGGCUGGCAUUCCAACUCCUCUGCGCCCUGCGCGACUGCCACGCUCGCGACAUCUACCACGGAGACAUCAAGUCCGAAAAUACCCUCGUUACCUCGUGGAACUGGCUGUACCUCGCCGACUUCUCCGGCCCGUUCAAGCCUGUGCUGCUGCCGGACGAUAACCCCGCCGACUUCUCCUACUACUUUGAUACGUCGGGCCGGCGAACAUGCUACCUGGCCCCCGAGCGCUUCGUCCCUCACGAAGAGCUCCAUAAUAAAGAUGCGAGGCUCACCUGGGCCAUGGAUGUGUUCAGUGCCGGCUGCGUUAUUGCAGAGGUGUUCCUAGAAUCGCCCAUCUUCACCCUGAGCCAGCUCUACAAAUAUCGACGAGGCGAAUACGACCCCGUGAUAUCUCAGAUCAGCCGCAUCUCCGACAGGGAUGUGCGGGACAUGAUUUCCCACAUGGUCCAGCUGGAUCCGGAGAGACGAUACUCUGCGGAGCAGUACCUGGACUUCUGGAAAGGCAAAGUCUUUCCAGAGUAUUUCUAUAGCUUCCUACACCAGUACAUGGGGCUCGUCACCGACCCUUCCUCGGGCAAUAAUCCCGUCUCGGGCGCAUCCCGGAAUCUCGGCGAAGCUGACGACAGGAUAGACCGCGUGUUUCUCGACUUUGACAAGAUUUCGUACUUUCUUGGGUACGAGUACGAGUGUAACGUCGAGUCACGGAUCAAGCCGAUUGCCCCUCGAUUAGGGCUCGGUCAUUUUCCCGUCCGUCUCAACAUCCCGAACCACGAACGCGACGUCACCGGCCGUGCGGAACCUCCCAAGAAAGAUGGCACGUUGAUUUUCUUAGCUCUGGUGGUCUCGUCCAUCAGGAAUACCGCGCGGGCCGCCUCUCGCAUCCGGGCAUGUGACAUCUUACUCGCCUUUGCCGAAAGGAUUCCGGACACCGCCAAGCUGGAUCGUGUCUUGCCGUAUCUGGUGCUGUUGCUUGGCGACAAGUCGGACCUCGUUGUGAUAGCAGCGAUCCGGUCCAUCACGCAGCUUCUCCAGCUCGUCCGGACACUCUCCCCGGUGAAUGCCCAUGUGUUCAUCGAGUACGUCUUACCCCGGUUCAAUUCCCAUCUGUUGACCGGUCCCCUGACGCCCAGCCCCCUCGUGAGGGCUACAUAUGCGUCUUGCCUGGGCAGCCUGGCGACCACCGCUACCCGGUUUUUGGAGAUGGCGGCCACCAUGAAGGCGACCGGUGCACUAUCCGUGGCCGAUCCCGAACUGGAACCCGGCGUGGAGGCCGAGGCUCUGGCGGAUAACCUGUUUGACGAUGCCCAGCGCGAGCUUUUUGCCAUGCUCGAGCAGCACACAAAAGUCCUUAUUGAGGACCCGGACGUGUCGGUUAGGCGCGCCUUCCUCACAUCAGUCCCCGAGCUCUGUAUUUUCUUUGGGCCGGCCGAGGCGAAUGACAUUCUUCUCGCGCAUCUGAAUACGUAUCUGAACGACCGGGACUGGACAUUGAAAUGCGCCUUCUUCGAGACCAUUGUGGGUAUAUCGGUACUCAUCGGCAGUUUCAGCUUAGAAGAGUUCAUUUUGCCGUUGAUGAUCCAGGCGCUGGCGGAUCCGGAGGAGUUCGUGGUACAGGCUGCUCUACACUGCCUUGCGCAGUUGGCAAGCCUCGGCCUUCUCUCCAGGGCAAAGCUGUGGGAGUUGAUCGAUAUCGUCGGACGCUUUACUAUGCAUCCGAAUUUAUGGAUCCGCGACUCCGCAGCCGAGUUUCUCUCCCAGUCGACCAAGUUCCUCGGCACAGCGGACCUAAUAGGCAUCGUCCUUCCGCUGGUACAGCCCUACGUCAAGACUGAUCAGAUUCCUGCGCUUGAUCUGUUGGGGGUGCUCGACGCGCUGAAGCGGCCUUUGUCCAGAGCCGUGUUUGACCAGGCACGCGUCUGGGCGCAAAUGGCGGAUAAAGGGGUAUUCUGGAGAUCCUCCCAACACCCUCGUCAUGCCAUAUCCGGAUCGCUACCUAAUACAGUCGCAACACGGUCCUCUAAAGACUUGAACACAAACGUCCUCAGGCAAAUACCACGGAAUGAAGAGGAUGAACAGUGGCUUGCAAGACUAAGAAAUCUAGGACUCGGUCCUGAAGAUGAGUUCAAGCUGGUCGCUCUCAGGGAGUUUAUCUGGCGCACGAGUAAAAUGAAGGGACGCGAGUCUACGGCUGGCGAGCCUACCGGUCUCAACGAGAUGGUUUCGUUGAAAACCCUGGGCAUCACACCGCAGACCAUCUUCUUUUUCGACGAAGAGCCGCCUCAGCAACCUUCGGCCAGCCCGCGGUCUGACCAACAGGGGCCAUACACGAUCGCCGAUGCUCUGUUGGAUGCCUCCAUGACGAUUGAUGACUCGGGUACAAAGAGACAAUCGAGUGCCUUGAACAACUUGCGGACGCGUGUGGUUGAAGGGCGCGUGUCACGAGAAGUGUCACGCACUCGACCGAUUGAACCCAAGAAACGCACACCGACGGAUCAGGCCACCCUGAUUGUUGGCAGCCCCGGGAUGGAUGGUAACGUAUCGGUUCGUGACCAGCCAUACUCUUCGAGAAGGACGAUUCGACACCAGUCUAGCGCCCUCGGUCUACUCGACCGCAAGGAUAGCAACAAAAGCGUACCCGAGACGGCCAUGACCGGCGCCAAUGCCUUCGGCGAGGUUGAGGGUCCCUUCUCACAGCCUCCGCAAACCAGGCCAGCAGGGGCGGACCGGUUGACCAACGGCGCGGCCCCAGGGACGAAGGUCAAAGCGAACCACUCGUACGAGGGAAAUGACCCUAGCAUCCUGAAGAUGUUGGAUACGAUGUACGUGGACAAUUAUCCCCACGACAUGAUUGAAUUCGGCCCCUUGGUGCCACCUAUUUCCCGACGCAAGGCAGGAAAGGCCGUCGGCACGGGUAUUGACGAGCCGUGGCGUCCUACGGGACGACUUGUGGCGACUUUUGCGGAGCACACUAGUUCCAUCAAUCGGCUCGUGGUAGCGCCGGAUCACGCCUUCUUUCUGACGGGCGGCGACGACGGUGCGGUCAAGGUCUGGGACAGCGCGCGGCUUGAGAAGAACAUUACGAACCGCUCGAGGCAGACGCAUAAACACGGCACUGGCGCGCGAGUACUGGCCUUGUGUUUCAUUGAGAGUACCCACUCCUUCAUCAGCUGCGCAAACGACGGCAGCGUUCACGUCGUGAAGGUGGAGGCCGUGCCGGCGGGCGGCGUGCUACGGUAUGGCAAGCUACGGCUCCUGCGCGAGUAUCAGCUUCCCGAAGGCGAGUUUGCCGUCUGGUGCGAACACUUCAAGCUCGAGUCGGAUUCCGUUCUGGUGCUCGCAACGAACCGUUCGAGGAUCCUGGGCAUCGACUUGCGCACCAUGUCGCUCCUGUAUGUGCUGGAGAAUCCUGUCCAUCACGGGACCCCGACGUGCUUCUGCAUCGACCGGAAGCGGAACUGGCUAUGCGUGGGCACGUCGCACGGCGUGCUGGACCUCUGGGAUCUCCGGUUUCGAGUGAGAUUAAGAGGCUGGGGACUUCCGGGGAAGAGUGCGAUCUUCAGACUCAGCAUCCAUCCGUCCAAGGGGCGCGGCAAAUGGGUCUGCGCAGCGGGAGGCACGGGCCAGGGAGAGGUCACGGUGUGGGACCUGGAGCGCACCACGUGCCGGGAGAUCUACCGCGUCGGAGGCAGUAAGGACGGGCCGAAGGGGUACGAGCCGUGGGACGUUGACGAGGACAAGCCCGAGGGCAUGCUGGGCCGAUACGCUACCAACAUCGAGCCGAGCGGAACGGGCAGCCCCGACCGUGGGGUGCGCGCCAUGAUCACGGGGACGGCGAGCACGGACGACUCGCGAGACGUCCGGCACCCCUUCAUCGUAACGGGGGGUUCUGACAAGAAGCUCCGGUUCUGGGACAUGUCUCGGGUCGAGAACUCGGCCGUGUACAGUGGGCUUGACCCGGACGAACCCAAGCCGACAUAUACGGCUUCCCAUCCGACGACCAGCUUGACGGUCAAUACGGAGAGGGUGCCGCGCGGAGGGCCGACGGCGCCGAAUGCAGGGUCCGGCGGCUCGAAGGGCAAGGGAGUUGGCGGCAGCGGGAGGCCGUCGCGGUAUACGGUUAUUUCUCUGCAGCAGCAGCACCUCCUCAGGGCGCACCUGGACUCGAUCACAGAUGUGGCGCUGUUGGAGGUACCCUACAGCAUGACCGUAUCGGUAGACAGGUCAGGGGUGAUUUAUGUGUUUUCUUGAGGAGACGAAGCGAUGGGGGACGGGGGAGAGGACGGGGGACUGGGCGCAGCUCUGAGAUAUGGGGUUUCAUGUUACACCCUCCCUGUGUUCAAAUACACGGCGUAACGCGUAUUGUGCGAGCGAUCUGAUAUAGCGACACCUAAGCGGAGUUUUAUGUUGACAGGGAAGAAUCCCUAUUGUGUUGUGCAGGGUUGCUUAUUAUGACGCCGAAGGGCUGAGACGUAGGCUAAUAUCGCUGCCCCAGAGCUCCAUCGCAUAAAAAUCGGAUUCCCCGAGUCAGAGAACGUACUGG